AUGAAUUUCUUUGAGAGUGCCUUAGUCAGUCUAGGUCAAGAUGAACUUUUAAACCGUGGUCAGGAGUUUGCGGGAGAACAUUUUCAACCUACAAAGGAUCCCUUUUAUGAGAAAACUUCAGAUGGGAAACAACAUCGUCUCCGUAUGCCAGAUUAUUGUACAAAAGAAGAAAGUAAAAAUUGGAAAUCUAUUCAAAAUAAAGCUUGGUUACAUGAUAAAGGAUUAUGUGGCUGUUGUUGUUGGGCAGAAAAUAUUGGUUGGGCUCCUGUGUUAGCAAUUUUCCCAAUUAUUGGUCCAGCAUUGAUGUAUUCUGUUCAUAGCAAAUUAAUUAAAUUAGCUGAUAAGAAGUAUAAUUUACCUGCAGAGAUGAAAGUUAAAAUGUAUUCUAAUAUUGCCGUUGAUCUAUGUAUUAGUUUGAUUCCAAUCCUUGGUUCUAUUUUUGCUUGGUUAAAUGCUUGUUCAACAAGAAAUACUGCAAUGAUUUAUAAUUUUGUUUGUGAAAGAUCUUUAGAGAGAUAUAAUAACGAACAACGUUCAAAACGUAAUAGAGAAGAAGCAAUUAAUAAUAAGUUACAAAAUGCUAAAAUUAUCAAUCAAAGAAGAGGUCAAGUUAAUCAACAAUCAAGAAAUGUAAUAAAAUCUCCAGAAAACAUUACAACUAAAACUACGGUCAAACAAAAUCAAGUAAUACCGGAUAAUACAUACUAUGGUAACAGAAUUCCCCCUAUAAAUAAUAAUAAUAAUAGUUGGGAACAACAGCAAAAUAAGAAUUAUGCAUUCCAAAAUAAUUCCAAAAAUCCGCCUUACCCAGUGGAAUCGUACAAAAACAACAAUUAUUCUAAUAAUAAUAACAGAAUACAAUACCAGCAGAAUACACAACAAUAUAAUAUGGUAAAUAACCAACAUCAACAGUAUUACCCUCAAUACAAUCAAAAUCAGAAUCAGAACCAAUACCCACAGGGACAGUAUAUACCGAUGCAAAAUAUGCAACGUCCUCAACGUGCUUAUCAUUCAUAA